AUGGCGCGAUUCAGCUUCGUCCACAUUGCCGCCUGGUCGCAGCACCGGAGCCCAAGUCCAAGUCCAAGCACCUCUUCGCAGCGCACCUUGGGCCACCUCCGAUCGUUGUCCACCAUGUCCCAGUCUGCCGCCUCAGUUCGCUCCAGGUCACCAGCUAAAUCCCACUCCUCGUCUAACAUAACCGAGAUCAUGGGGCGGCCUGACUCGACCUCCCUUUCACCAACUUUGCCGAGAAGAAUACCUUCCUCGCACUCGCUGAUGGAAGACGCGGAUCAUAACACGAUUCUUGACCCCAGGAUACGAGCCAUGAGCCCUGCAAACGGUGAUGACAUGGCCGAGCCCUCCCACCACCCGGAUCUGGAUCAAGAGGUGGCAACUUUAAGCACUAAACUUAUCAAUGCCAUAAACCACCAGACCAACCUCGACGACACGCUUUCCGCGACACGACACGAUCUCGACACCUCCCGGGACCGAGUGGCAGAGCUAGAGGCCUUGGUCGCGCGCCAACAAGAGCUCCUGGCAGGAGAUGUGUGGGUCAAGCGCAAGAGCGCUGAGCUCGAGAAGAGCAAGCUCCUUGCCCGCAUUGUCGAGGAAAAGAGGCUUCGCGUGGAGGUUGAGAAGGACAAGAAGAAGAUUGAGCAGGAGCUAGAAACCUUGACCGUGUCGCUCUUCGAGGAGGCAAACAACAUGGUCAUCACGGCCAAAAAUGACGCCAAGAAAGAACAGGAUGUGCUUCAUCGCAGAAACGAUCAGCUCAAGGCGCAACUAGCCGACACAGAGGGUCUUCUGAAAUUCCAACAGGAUCAAUUAGCGGAACUCAAGAUUGUUAUGGAGCAGAUAUCAGCCGAUCGCGACGACCGCAGCGGCACUGCACCCUCAUCCCCUGGAUUUAGCAAGUUCGACUCGAGAGACGAUGAUACUCAACUUUCCGAAGGUGGUUCACAACCUGGAAUCGUGGAAGCACACACACCUACAUACCCGACCAAUCUCCCUCAUCUUCUUCAACCUGUGCUGCGAACCGAUCUAUCUUCUUACGAUGACUUCGUUACUCUCGUCAAGAUAUCCAAGAGAGUGUUAUCGAGCCGAGCUUCGUCGGGGUCGUACAACGGGUUGAAUCCCAUCCUCGGCCUAACUGGAAGCAGCGCAGCCUCAGCGCCAUCAAAUGCAUCGACGACAUCGUUCUCUACGGCCGGAACUCCAGUAUCGACAAACGUGUCUCCUCAGACACCAAACACUCCUGCUUCGAUCAUGAGCACUGGUUCCGCCACCAACUCUGCUCCGCUACCUCCAUUGAAGGAAACGAAAUUCUACAAGCGCGCUCUAGCGGAGGACAUCGAACCAACGCUGCGCCUUGAUAUCGCCCCAGGCCUUUCUUGGCUGGCCCGUCGCUCUGUGAUCAGUGCCAUGACUGAAGGCACGCUUGUGGUGGAGCCCGUGCCAACUAACAGUCCAUUUGCAUCUAUCAGCAAACCACAGACCUAUCCGUGUUCGCUGUGUGGUGAAGCGCGGAAAGACCCAACACACUUACGCAACCACCGAUUUCGCACGAGCGAGUCGGAGUCCGCCCAACGCUAUCCACUUUGCAAUUAUUGCCUGACUCGUGUGCGCUCCACCUGCGAUUUCCUCGGGUUCCUACGCAUGGUGAAGGAUGGACACUGGCGCGCUGACGAUGCCGACGCCGAGCGGGCCGCGUGGGAAGAGAGUGUCAGGCUCCGAGACCAGAUGUUUUGGAGUCGCAUCGGAGGGGGUUUUGUCCCCGCACAUCACAACCACCACCAAGCCGGCAGCGUCGGUGACAAGAGUGCCCGACACAGCCAUGAAGCAGGCAGAUCUUCCCUCGAGGCAAGUAAAGGGACAGAAUCUUCGGGACAAUCCAGCAAAUCUAGCGAGUCCGAAAUGACCCUCCAACAAAGCGAGGUCCCCAAAGAUAUUACCCCAUCGCAACAAACUGGCAGUAUGCCUAUUGAGGAAACAACUGCCACUGUGGCAGCUGGGUCAUAUGCUACCCUUGACGCGAUGGACGCGACUCAAUCAGUUGAGAAAACUACCGCAGAGCAGACGAAGAACCGCGACAGGCUCUCGAUAACAAUCCCCGGCGCUUUCGACGAUGAGACAACAUAUUAA